UUAUAACUAAACUAAAUGGAAAUGAAAAAAAAUGUGAUAAAACAUUUAGUAUUGCAACAUCAACCACGCACCUUGGUAAACACCUCAAUUCUGUCCACAAAAUUUUUUCUUAUCAACAAUAUGGAAAAAAUUCAGAUGGACAAACAAUAAUAGAUCCAGAUAAAUCAAUGCCGACUAUACCUUCAAUGUUUUCAAAAAUAGAAGCUCAUAAGCCGGUUAAGAAACAAAAAUUAUUAUAUCGUUUGACUGCAUGGAUAGUUGAUGAUUGUCAAGCAUUGACCAUUCCACUAUUGGAAGAUGAAGAUUCUGAAUCAGAACCUGAAGAUUUGAUUGAAUCAUUAGAACAACCAACAACAUCACAAUCACAAAAAAAAAUUACUUAUCCAUCGUCGAACCCAUUCGUGAUGUUACUUCAAUUACGAGAUGCUGUAGAGCAACUCACAAGGUCUUUACGUCAUCAUCCUGAUUUUCAACAAAGAAAGAAUGAACAAACUUUAAGUGAAAAAUUACUCACAAACACAGAAUGGAUGGAAUUAGAGGAACUAACAUUACUUUUAGGUCCUUUUGCUCAAACAACAAAAUUAAUUGGAGGAACACAAUAUCCAACCCUUAGCAUGAUACUUCCUACUAUCUCCCUUUUAUUCACACACUUGUACCAAAUGAAAGAGUCACUAACUUCAUCCAAUAUCCUUAAUAUUUGUCAUCAAAUUGAAGAUUCUAUGACUAAACAUUGGGAAGCACCUUUAAUGAAGGCUUACAUUGCUUCUUACCUAGAUCCUCGAUUCAAAAGUAUGUCCUUUGACAAAGAAAAAAAAAAAGAAGUUCAAGAAAUGAUUGCAGAAAUGAUAAAAACAAAUACUAUUAAUACCCCAGAACAAACUGAAAUGGAUCAAUUUUUCGAUGGUGAUAAUCAAUCUGAUUAUCCAUUAGAUAAUGAAUUAGAAUG